AUGGGGAUCCGGGAGACAAACUUGCUUUUAUUCUGUUGCGCUCAGUGGGACUUAACUCCGAAGUAUUUGUUGGAAAAUCACUGGUACAAGCAGUGGAAAGCCUACGUAGAAUCCGGAGACCAGAAUUCCAGCACCUUCCCUGGACGGAUCAACAAUGCUGAGCUCUUUGAAGAUCUGGAGUCCUGCCGGUUGAAGGACCGGCUGGUGGAGCAGGAGGAAUACAUACUCGUGCCAGAGGAGGUGUGGAACAAGCUAGUGAGCUGGUAUGGCAUUGAGCAUGACCAGCCAGCCAUCGAGCGCAAGGUGGUGGACCUUCCUAGCAUGCAGAAGGUGGAGGUUUACCUGGUGGAAUUGUACCUCUGCCAGCACAGUGACAUGGACAACCCUGUUGUGGCCCAGUUUAGCCGCAUGGACACUAUAGACACAGUGUUGAAGGUAGCACGGCACCAGUUUUCCGUUCCACCGGAAGAUGAGACAAGGCUCUGGGUGAAGAAUGCCGACGGCUCCUGUGAGAGGCUGAGGAACUUGCAGAUGACGGUGCUGGACGCCUGCCUCAGUUCAGGGCAGGUGGUAAUCAUGGAGACUAGGAGUAAAGAUGGCACCUGGCCUAGCUCAAGGCCACAUAUCAUGAAGAACUCCCUUGAAGAUGAGGAACUCUACCAGGGCCAGCCAGGGGUCUGUGGCCUUACCAACCUGGGAAACACCUGCUUCAUGAAUUCUGCUUUGCAGUGUCUCAGCAACGUGCCCCCUCUGACGGAGUAUUUCCUCAACAAUCGCUAUCUAGAGGAGCUGAACUUCAGCAACCCCCUGGGCAUGAAGGGUGAAAUUGCAGAGGCUUACGCUGACCUCAUCAAGCAAAUAUGGUCCGGUCACCAUCGUUCUAUUGUGCCCCGUAUAUUCAAGACCAAAGUGGGCCACUUUGCUUCCCAGUUUCUUGGCUACCAGCAGCACGAUUCCCAGGAGCUUCUGUCCUUCCUGCUUGAUGGGUUACACGAGGACCUCAACCGUGUCAAGAAGAAAGAGUACAUAGAGCUGAAGGAUGCGGCAGGACGGCCGGAUGAGGAAGUAGCAGAAGAAGCGUGGCGCAACCACAAACACCGCAACAACUCCAUCAUUGUGGACAUCUUCCAUGGGCUCUUCAAGUCAACACUGGUGUGCCCCGAAUGUGGCAAAGUUUCUGUAACCUUUGACCCCUUCUGCUACCUCAGCGCCCCCUUACCAAUCAGCAAGGACCGGGUGAUGGAAGUUUUCUUUGUAUCCAUGGACCCUGGCAGGAAACCUGAACAGCACAGACUGAUUGUCUCAAAAGCUGGGAAAGUGCUUGAUCUCUGCCGGGCCUUGUCCAAGCACACAGAAGUGCCUCCAGAACGGAUGAUGGUGGCUGAUGUUUUUAGUCACCGCUUCUACAAGAUCUACCAGAUGGAAGAAUCGCUCAGCUGCAUCUUGGAUCGAGAUGACAUCUUUAUAUAUGAAGUGUCUGUGUCUACCCUGGAGGAUCCUUCCACUGCAGAUGCUGUGGUGCUGCCUGUGUACCUUCGGGAGCGCACCCAGGGUCGGGACUACAGUGACACUUACUAUGGGGUGGUGCUCUUUGGUCACCCACUCCUGGUAUCUGUGCCACGGGACCUGCUCUCCUGGGAUGCCCUAUACCAGCUCCUCUUGCAUCGGCUCUCCCGUUACGUGACACGGCCAGACUCUGAGGAGGAAGAGGAAGAGCAGGAUCAGAGUGAAGAGGAGGAAGAUCUCUACAGCAAGAAGCACAAUGGCCUGAGUGAAGGGGAGGAAGAGGAGGAGGAAGAAGAAGAAGAGGAGGAGGAAACUACGGCAGAAGGCUCGACUAGCCAGGAGCCCAGCUCAGAGAUUGAAGAAAACCCCUCGGAUGCAUCAGUGGGAGAGGAAGGUGCCGCCAGGGUGGAGGUCAAGCGCGGCCCCAACCCAGCCUCCCAUCAGCCAGCCCAGUCUCCCCACACCACCCCUUCUGGUAGCCCCAGCUCUCCGACAGCCAACCAAGCCAAACGCAAAUGCCGCCUGCCACAGAAACGGCGGAAGCUGCUCUUCACCCUCCAGCCCGUCAAUUCUAACGGGACCAGCGACCGAAUGGCAGGCCAGGAUGAGGGCAACGCCGUCUCCUUCAACUCUCAACCGUAUAUUGCUAUGGACUGGGACUCUGAAAUGAAGAAGCGCUACUACAACGAGGGAGAAGCCGAGGGCUACAUCAAGCACGACUGCAUGGGCUACAUGCUCAAGAAGAACCCUGUCCGGCUCCAGGAGUGCAUCGAACUGUUCACGACAGUGGAGACCCUGGAGGACGAAAACCCUUGGUACUGCCCAACCUGCAAGAAACACCAGUUGGCCACCAAGAAACUGGACUUAUGGUCCUUGCCAGAGAUCCUGAUUAUUCACCUCAAGCGGUUCUCCUAUACCAAAUUCUCCCGGGAGAAACUUGACACCCUUGUGGAGUUCCCUAUCCGGGGCCUUGAUUUUUCUGAUUUUAUCAUCAAGCCACGAAAAGACACUGAUCCUGCAGUGUACAAAUAUGACCUCAUUGCUGUGUCCAACCACUAUGGUGGCCUUCGCGAUGGGCACUACACUACUUUUGCCCGGAACAAGGACAAUGGAAACUGGUUUUAUUUUGAUGACAGCAGCGUCUCUGCAGUUUCAGAGGCUCAGAUAGAGUCGAAAGCUGCUUAUGUCCUGUUCUACCAGCGCCAGGACAAAAUCCGCCACCCGGUCCCUUCCGCUGCACCCACAAGCACGGCAACGAGCCACGACCAGAAGGACUACACAGCCUGCUACGAUUCCCAUCCCAGAGAGCAAAGCAGCCGGGACUUCAUGGAUGUGGACUGAACGUUGCCUUGCACGCCUUCCUCCGUUCACAGCAGGAGAGGGCAGGGAAAGAAAGCCAUGCAUUUUUCUGUAUCCCUCAAACUGAAGCUGGCAGCUGGACUCUCUCCAGCGGCAGUGCUCUUUUUUACUCAGGCCUUGGAAGAGAGUGAGAGAAGUGUUGUAAGACUGGAGAGGCCUGACUACCCCACCCCACGCCACCCUUCUCUGCUCUUUUCUUGCCCAAAGCGCAGGUCCUUUUGCUUUGCACGGUUUCCCUGCUCUGAGGUAGGAAGGCUUGCUUCUCUUCCCCUUUCAAAGGCCAGUGUCUUGCACCAGCGUUUUAUAAGAUACAAGGGGAGGGUUUCCUUUCUGCCCCCCCCAAUCACCUUUUUAUCUUUCACGAGUGGGGAGCUUUUCUCAGGGUCAGACUUCUCCUCUCUGGGGAAGGGCAGUGUUAAGCAUGUCAUUCCUGUGAGCCCCACCGUAUGCUGCCUCCCUGCAGCUCUCCUUCCUCCCUUUCCACUCCAGCCUCUGAAGAACCUCCCUUCCCUCUUGGGUCAGCCAUAACACUGUGCUUUGGAGGAUUUUUAAAGACAUUCUUCAGGACACUUUCUCCUCACCCAAGGAUUGAUCACUGCAGAGGGCUGCUUGAAGGGGCCCUUGCUUUCUUUCCUGCUCACUUACCUCCCAAGUGCCUCCUUUUUAUUCCUGUCCCCAACCAGAGCAAUAAUUCCACUGUCAUCCCACUACAAUCAUCAUCUUGCGUACAGCCAGCAGCUCCUUGACUUCCCAAUAGACAGGCGUUUCCAGGGCUUCUUGUAUCUGAAGUUUCUUGUCCAGUUGUGGCGGCGGCGGCGGCAGCUCCAAGCCACUGGGCUAGCAGAUGAUGCUUCCAAGGGUGGAUUCUAAGCCUGUUUAGGAUUCCGGCAGAUCUGCUUUGGCCUGUGCUGCCCUGGAGACACCCUGUCUAAGGAGCUGAGGAGCUUCCUUUGCUGUCUGCCACUAUCAGUGGUGGAGGUUCCCCCACCCCAGUUUCCUGAGGCAUUCUGGGGACCUGUCCAGGAAUGUAUUGGCAGUUCUUCCCCUCUGGUGAGCAUCACCACUGCUGCUUCCAGGCUCAGGGAUUGCGCUAGUUUGUAAAUAGGUUUUGUGCGUGCAAUGGUGGGUGGGGGAGAAGAGGGGGCCCACCAACGGAGGCAGUAUUGGCCAAGCACAGGACAUUUGCUGCCUGCAGAAGCACAUAAUGUAUUUUCUUACUUAAAAGAGUUUGCGAAGGACAUUCCUUCACUUGACUAGUGGGGCUUAAUUUUCUUUUUGAAGUUUUUUGUUCGUUUGCAGAAGAAAAUAUUUUUGGCAUGUGGCAACACUUGUACAUAAAAGUAACUUCUUUUAAAUUG